UAGCGAUUCUCUUGCGGCGCGUGGAGACGGUGAAAGCUAUGGCUAAUCUUCCUCCUUCACUCUCUUUGAAAUCUGCCGCUUUCUCCGGAGCUUCCUCCAGCAACGAUCGCAAGCUCUCGCCGGCGGAGCAGUUGGUGCUCGACAUCUGCAAUCCCGAACUCAGGGAGAAUGCUCUUCACGAGUUGUCCAAGAAGAGAGAAAUCUUUCAAGAUCUGGCUCCGCUUUUAUGGCAUUCUGUUGGUACCAUUCCUGCUCUUCUACAGGAGAUCAUCUCGGUUUACCAUGUCCUGUCUCCUCCAACUAUGACUCCUGCUCAAUCAAACAGGGUGUGCAAUGCCCUUGCGCUUCUUCAGUGUGUUGCUUCUCAUCCUGAUACGAGAAUGUUGUUCCUCAAAGCUCAGCUACCAUUGUACCUGUAUGCUUUCUUGAACACCUCAAGCAAGUCAAGACCCUUCGAGUACCUGCGGCUGACUAGCUUAGGGGUGAUUGGUGCACUUGUCAAGGUUGAUGAUACAGAAGUGAUCAGAUUCCUUCUUAAAACUGAGAUUGUCCCAUUGUGCCUCCGGACUAUGGAAAAUGGCAGCGAGCUAUCGAAGACUGUUGCUACCUUCAUUGUUCAGAAAGUUUUGCUGGACGAUGUUGGGCUUGAUUACAUGUGCACCACAGCGGAGAGGUUCUUUGCUCUGGGUCGAGUUUUGGGAAACAUGGUUACUUCACUUGCAGAAGGACCUUCUCCUAGGCUGCUGAAGCACAUCGUACGCUGUUAUCUCCGCUUGACAGAUAACCCCAGGGCCUGCGAUGCACUCGGAAGCUGCCUCCCAGAACUUUUAAGGGAUGCCAACUUCAGCAGCUGUCUCUAUGAUGAUCCACCUGCAAGGCAAUGGCUGCAGCAACUGCUCCACAACGUUGGUGUUGGCGCUCAACCACCUCCCCGAGGAGGAGCUUUCGAGCGUAUGCUUGUGAAUUAAUUCCUUCCCCAAAAAUUAUAUAUUCUGGGCAAUAAAUUUUUUAUUCAUUGGACAAAUAAGUUAGGCGGAAAAUCAGAAUUAACAGAGGAGGAAAAAGAAACUCAUAACCAAACAUUUUGAUUAUGAUGGAUAUAUGUAUUUGGAUUUCCAGAACGCCUUAUGAUGUUUGCAAUUAAUAACUUAAAAUUCCAAUAAAAAGAAGGAUCCAAGCAUUAGACCCCAAGUUUUUAGAAAAUUAACAAACGUUCUUUUUUAAAAGCAGAUGCAGAUAAUAAUGUGUCUAUAAUAAACAGUCAGAUCUUGCAGGUAGCCUCCUGAGGAGAUUGAUGGGCACAGAGGGGAGUUUGUGCCUGAACCUUGGAUGCCUCAGCACAUAGAUCCCAAUAAGAAGUGCCACAACCUGAAACGGCGUAACAUACAAGACAAUAGCAGCUAUGAGACAGAAGAACACAAACAAUGUGGUUGCCCUCGGGUCUCGCCAGCUCAGCAGCGAUAGAAACCUCUCUCCCUGUGUCGCUAGAUCGCCUAUCACGGUCUGAACCCGUCCUGCAAUGCUCCUGAGCCGGUCAUACCGCAUCCGCACAAUCUCAGAGGAGCGGGAAGUCGGGAAAGUAUCAAACUCUUCAUCGAGCUCGUCGGGAUGGACAGCGUCUGCGUGGGACAAGCGUGUAUCCAUGUGUGGCGGGUGCCUCGGUCUCCACCGGAAAUUCCAGAUCCCGAUCAAGAAAAGGUACAAGAAAACCGUUGGUAGGAUGAGUUCCGGGUAGAGGACUAAGAUUAUGAAAAGAACAUGAAUGAGAAUUGUGGUUAUUGGGUUUCUCCAGUUACAGAUCUGAUCAAACCAUUUUCCAACAGCUAUGAGACCACUCAGGACAUUCAUGAUCCUGAAGAAGUUGGCUUUACUCCUCCUCAUGCUCCACAUGUGGGAGUCCACAUCGAGCAUGUACUCUACAAUCUCUUUGCGAAGAGGCGGCUCUGCUCGGUUCAGCCUCGCCGAGACAAUGUUCAUCGCCUGGUGCCUCAGGCUGUCCAGCUGGAGAACCGACAACGGAUGGAUGUAGUGCAUUUUGGGUAGUAACGGCUGAGAAUACAUAUGAAGCAUGUUGAUGACAGAUAAGCAAGUGAACCGCACAGCUAACUGUAUUUCGCCCGUUUUCUUGACCCCGGAAGGAUGAAAGACGAGCAGCGGAUAUGAGUGUGUGUAGAUACGGUCAGCUUCAAGGGUCGAGAGACGGAUUCUCACUUUCCCGAUUCUCAUAUCUUUGCCGCUUCCUCCUGGAAUGUGUCCAUUGUCGAAUGCUCCAAAAGUUAUGACAGUACAGGUAUCAAACACUUCCCAUGUGUACUGCUCGUUCCAUUUAGGCGUGAAGCUAUCGACAAUUGUUCUCGUUCUGAUCCAUUUCUGCCCGUACUUUGCCACGCAAUACGCAUCUGUUGUUCCCUUCCCGUCUUUUGUCUUCAUCGGCAUCAGUCCGUGAGCGCUUAUGAUACCUACUUCAAGCAAUCCAAUGCUCGGUUUCCAAAGCUGUUUUGCCGUUGGCCUUAGGUCGCUGCUGUAGUGAGUUGAUUCAUCAAGAACAUGGUAUCCGCCUUCAAGAAAGAUUCGUAGAUGAAUCCUGCUAGCGAAUUUUAUCUCUUUCUUCUCUCCUUCCACCAUAAUAUGUUUCUCCAGGUUGAACCACCUCGAGCCAAGCGGCCUAUGGUCUAACCUCCUCUGCACAUUCUGCAGCGGGAUCGCGCACCGGCCUAACGUUUCGUCUUUGUUCGGCGCAACCCUGUCCUCGACGGCGAGAAUCAACGGCUCCUCGAAAGGCUCAGCAACAACAAACAUCAGAUCUUCAUUCCACAUCGGAUUCAAUGUUUUGGUCUGAGAGAUCCGCGUUCUUAGAGUCUGGUUUCCGAGCAUUGCUUUCACGUAAACCUCAGGGAACUUGGUUUUCUCAUGAGGUAUCAAAUCUUGAGCCUCGAUCACAUUGACCCUCACAUACCAGAGCUUUGGAGAAAGAUAAACCUUCGAACGGAUGUUCCCCACACCCUCGUGUCCAACCGUGGCUGCAUCUGAGUGCCAAGCAUCAGAGAAAGCUUCAUCGGCUUGUGUCCCCAUCCAAACAGCUAACAUAAGCUCUCCUUUAACCUUACGACCGUGUCGAUCCUCCAACCUAUACCACUGAGGAGCCAAUGGACUAUCAGGCGGGACUCGCUUAGGAAUCUCAUUAAGAUCAAACAUGAUUCGACCAAUCAAAUCAUCCAACAUGACAUCUUUGUCUUUCACUACAACCUCCAGGAUUGAUGCUUGGAUCCUCUCCUUUGAGAACGCAAACACUUGCUUCCACUCCGGAUUCGACUUCUUCUCGAAAUGCUUAGUCGUUCCUCUGUAGUUUCCGAGCCUCACUUCCACGUAAGGAUCACAGCUACCGGUCACAUCUUUCCCCGGUAAUUCCUUCGCCUUCACGACCCUCACGUAGAGGUAAUGCAUCUGCUCAACCAAAUCAUAAGUGCUCGAGAGUUUGUCACCUGUCACAGCUCCUGCACCAAUCUUUGGUGAAGUCUCCUUCAGUGCAAAGUCGAUAUUUUGCCCAGGUUUCUGCAUCUUGUCUGAAUCUUCAAACUUUUGCAAUUCUAUUACAAAAAAAAUCGUCUUUUGAGAUCCAAGAACUUUGUAAUAAGAGCAGCAGGUUUCAAGGGAAGCUGCUUGGUUUUGUUAUUUUAAGACAACCUCUUCUGGGGAUCUAAGGAAGAAUAAUGAAAAUCACUUGGAGAUGCAUUAUUUUUUAAUAAAAAGUUUAGAAGAAAAAGAAGAUGCUGAAAAAUGAGAUGGCGAAGAAGAGUGAGAGUGAGC